UCAUUUUCUUUCUUUCUUUCUUCUUACCUCGAUUCACUCCACACAAAUCCAACACUUCACUACCAGCUAGGGUUUAUAGAGGGUUUCACGCUCUCUCUCUUCAACAAUGGCGAAACCUGGUCGAGCUCGUCGCUCACCACCAUCAGGUUCCGUCUCCGGAUCUUCUUCUCUCUCCUCCUCUUCCCGUUCCUCUUCUCGCUCCCGCUCCCGUUCCAGAUCCUUCUCUUCCUCUUCUCGCUCUCCCUCCCGCAGUUCCAAGAGCCGUAGCCGUAGUCCUCCUCCUCCAAGACGCAAAAGUUCUGCUGAACCAGCUAGGCGAGGUCGAUCUCCUCCUCUUCCUCCACCUCCACAGUCUAAGAGACCUUCUCCUCCUCCAAGGAAACCUUCUCCUGUACGUGAGUCUCUUGUUCUCCACGUUGAGAAACUCAGCAGGAAUGUCAAUGAAGGCCAUUUGAAAGAAAUUUUCAGUAAUUUUGGCGAGGUUGUAAGUGUGGAGUUGGUGAUGGAUAGAGCUGUUAAUCUUCCAAAAGGAUAUGGAUAUGUGCAUUUCAAGACAAGAGGGGAAGCUGAAAAAGCAUUAUUGUACAUGGAUGGUGCCCAAAUAGAUGGCAAUGUUGUUAAGGCAAGAUUUACUCUACCUCCAAGACAGAAAGCUUCACCACCCCCAAAAGCUGUUGCUCCAAAGAGAGAUGCACCCAGGACUGAUAAUGCUGGUGCAGAAGUUGAAAAAGAUGGGCCAAAGCGUCCAAGAGAAUCUUCUCCUCGGAGAAAACCUCCUCCCUCACCACGAAGAAGAUCUCCUGUGCCUCGAAGAGCUGGAUCUCCAAGACGACCAGAAUCUCCUCGCCGCCGUGCAGAUUCUCCUGUUCGUCGUCGAUUAGACUCUCCUUAUCGUCGCGGAGCUGGAGACACACCUCCUAGGAGGAGACCUGUGUCUCCCGGAAGAGGUCGUUCUCCAUCUCCACCACCAAGGCGCCUUAGAUCCCCUGCAAGGGUAUCACCUCGAAGGAUGCGUGGAAGCCCAGGCCCAGGUCGGAGACGUUCUCCUCCUCCACCUCCAAGACGCCGUUCACCUCCUAGACGAGCCCGUAGUCCUCCUAGAAGAUCUCCAGUUGGUCGUAGGCGUAGUCGCUCUCCAAUACGUAGAUCUGCACGCUCACGCUCAAGAUCAUUCUCACCUCGCAGAGGCAGGCCACCUAUGAGACGGGGAAGGUCAUCAUCUUACUCUGAUUCGCCAAGUCCUCGCAAGGUAUCCCGGAGAUCAAAGAGUCGCAGUCCAAGAAGGCCUUUGAAAGGACGAGCCAGUAGCAACAGUAGCAGCAGCAGUUCACCACCCCCAGCUCGCAAACCAUAGAUAAUUCCUGUAUAUCUACUGUCUCUAUAUUGAUACAUUUAUCAGGAUUGUGUACCAGCAACGAGAAGUUAUUCUAGGUUAAGUUGUUAAGGGAUAUUUGUCGCAUUUCUUCAUGGCUGUCUGUUUCCUAACAUGUUUUCAAAUUAGUGCUUUAAGUAGUUUGAAAACCGUGUUUCACUUUAUUAAUCUGCAUUUCGGUUGAUUUUUGCAAUGCUGUUCUGAAAUACAAAAUUUGGGAGACGGUAUUUUAACCUCUUGCACCUGUGGAGUUCUAUGUAAUUGACAAUCUGAGUGUGCAAAUAAUGUGUAUGUUUGGUGUGGAUCUAGUUGGAAA